UAUUUCCAGUGAAAAGGAAGCAAAAGUAUCUGCGAAAAGUCAAGGAGACUCCAGUCACUACUAAAUAAGAGAAGCAACAGAAACAGCAAAAGGAAUGCGUAUGUGAGUGGUAAGAGAGAGAUGUUUACGCACGUAUCCAUGGCUUCGCUCAAGCUUGUGCUGCUGUUGUUCAUUCUCAGCUUCCUCAACUUGAACACUUGCAAAGCACAGGACCAACAGAGCACCGACCCUGUCUAUCUGUACCAUAACUGUUCAGGCGGCAACACCACCGCCAACAGUGCCUACCAACUAAACGUCGGCACCCUCUUCAGUUCCCUAUCUUCAAAAUCCAUAGAAUUCUCAAACGACACCGUCGGAACAUCCUCCUCCGACAGGGUGUACGGACUGUUCAUGUGCAGAGGAGACGUGCCCACAGCGCUGUGUCAACAGUGCGUGUUGAACGCAACGCGACGUCUCCGCUCAGAGUGCUCUCUGGCCAAACAGGCCGUGAUAUGGUACGACGAGUGCACUGUUCGCUACUCCAACCGCUCUUUCUUCUCCACGGUGGCCGUUCGGCCACGUGUCGGACUCCUCAACUCUGCCAACAUAUCCAACCAAGAAGCCUUCAUGAAACUGCUUUUCUCAACCAUAAACACAACCGCGGAUGAGGCUGCCAAUUUUUCCGUGGGAUUGAAGAAAUACGCGACCAAUCAGGCCAACAUUUCUGGGUUUCAGUCACUAUACUGUUUGGCUCAGUGCACACCCGAUCUGUCCCCGCAAGACUGCAGAAGUUGUCUCAGUGGUGUGAUUGGAGACCUUCCUCGGUGCUGUCAGGGAAAGCAGGGAGGAAGGGUUCUCUAUCCUAGCUGCAACGUUAGGUACGAACUCUACCCUUUCUACCGCCAAGUCGCACCCGCGCCUCCACCCUCAUCGCCCCUACUUCCGCCUCCAGCUUCCGCUAAUUCCCAAGGAGGCGGUGGGAUCUCAACUGGGACCAUUGUUGCGAUUGUGGUUCCAAUUACGGUAGCCGUGCUUCUGUUUAUAGUGGGAAUUUGUUUCUUGAGUAGAAGAGCUAGAAAGAAGCAGGGUUCUCUAAAGGAAGGAAAAAAUGUAGAUGACAUCACCACUGUGGAAUCCUUGCAAUUCAGUUUUGGCACGAUUUCAGCGGCCACAAACAAUUUCUCUGCGGAAAAUAAGCUGGGGGAGGGUGGAUUUGGUGAGGUUUUCAAGGGUGCUCUUCCGACUGGACAAGAAAUAGCUGUCAAAAGACUCUCCAAAAGUUCUGGGCAAGGUGGAGAAGAAUUUAAGAAUGAAGUGGUGGUAGUUGCCAAGCUCCAACAUAGAAAUUUAGUGAGGCUUCUUGGGUUUUGCUUGCAAGGAGAAGAGAAGAUACUUGUUUAUGAAUAUGUUCCCAACAAAAGUCUCGACUACACUCUCUUCGACCCUGAAAAGCAAAGGGAGUUGGAUUGGAGGAGACGUUACAAGAUUAUUGAAGGGACUGCUCGAGGCAUUCAAUAUCUUCAUGAAGAUUCUAGGCUUAGAAUUAUACAUCGAGAUCUUAAAGCAAGUAACAUAUUGUUAGAUAGUGAUUUGAGUCCAAAGAUCUCAGAUUUUGGCAUGGCAAGAAUAUUUGGAGUUGAUCAAACUCAAGGAAACACAGACAGAAUUGUAGGAACCUAUGGAUAUAUGGCUCCAGAAUAUGCAAUGCAUGGAGAGUUCUCUGUUAAGUCUGACGUGUACAGUUUUGGAGUCCUCCUUAUGGAGAUUAUAAGCGGCAAGAAGAAUAGUUCUUUCUAUCAAACAGAUGGUGCUGAGGAUCUAUUGAGCUAUGCGUGGCUACUUUGGAAGGAUGGAACACCUUUGGAACUGAUGGACCCCAUAUUAAGAGAAUCCUACAAUCAGAAUGAAAUCAUCAGAACCAUCCAUAUUGGUCUGCUGUGUGUCCAAGAAGAUCCCGAAGACAGACCUACAAUGGCAACAAUAGUUCUUAUGCUAGAUAGUAGCACUGUUACUCUACCAACUCCUAAGCGGCCUGCAUUUUUCAUCCACAGUGGAACUGAUACAUACAUGCCAAAAGGGCAGCAAUUUGAUCAGUCUAUAACAAAAUCAUUACCAGUUUCUAUCAAUGAAGUUUCCAUUAGCGAAAUGGAUCCUAGAUAAGCUUGAUUGCUUGGAGAUUUUAGGCUGUAUCAAUUACCCAUCACCUACUUAUUUGUCGUAGUUUCGCAUGACUAGAUUUGGAAAUCUUGGAACACUAUGUAUUGUAUUCUAGUUGCUUAUUUUUCAGCUCGAAGUAAUA